UUUGUUUCAUUUCAUUUGUAAUCUUCCCGUUGUGGCCAAGAGAAGAGAGAAAUUCUGAAGCUGGUAGCUAGCCAUGCCAAUUUCGCAGUUAUGUCCAAACAUCCAUUCCGUUCCCCAAAUCGGAGCUUGCACCGACAACAACCAAACCAGAUCGAAAGCAGUUUCAGGUAGACCCAAGGUCAGUCCACAGCUGAACCGGUGGUCCAGGGCUCGGGCCGUACGCUACGGUCGCAAAUUGGACCGGUCGAGUCUCCGAACCCAGACGCCUGAACCCAACCACCCUCCACCUACACUUUCUCUCCCGGUCGACCCAGACGACGCCGUCAGUUUGGACGGCGCAGCUGUCAAGUCCAUCUAUAUAGUCUCCGACGGAACCGGUUGGACCGCCGAGCACUGCGUUAACGCCGCUUUGGGUCAGUUCGAUUACUGCUUGGUCGACCAUGGGUGCCCCGUUAGUACCCAUUUGUUUUCUGCGAUUGAUGAUGCAGAGAAGUUAUUGGAGAUCAUAAAGCAAGCAGCGAAGGAAGGUGCUUUGCUUGUGUAUACUUUAGCUGAUACUUCAUUGGCUUCAUCUGCUAAGCAGGCAUGCAAGUUAUGGGGUGUGCCUUCCACUGACGUAUUGGGACCCAUUACGGAGGCCAUUUCUUCUCAUUUGGGUGUCUCUCCUUCUGGUCUUCCUCGUGGGGCUUCUGGUCUUCCCCUCUCUGAUGAUUACUUUCGUAGGAUUGAAGCUGUUGAAUUUACAAUCAAGCAAGAUGAUGGUGCAUCGCCCCAUAAUCUGGCCAAGGCUGACAUUGUUCUCACUGGGGUUUCCCGCACUGGGAAGACCCCCUUGUCUAUUUAUCUGGCUCAGAAGGGUUACAAGGUCGCCAAUGUACCCAUUGUCAUGGGUGUGGAAAUGCCAAGGACUCUUUUUCAGGUUGAUCCAAAGAAGGUUUUUGGCUUGAUUAUAAAUCCUGUUGUCUUGCACAACAUUAGGAAAGCAAGGGCUAAAACUUUGGGAUUGAGUUCGGAUGCAAUGAGUAAUUACGCAGAGAUGGAUCAUGUUAGACAGGAACUUGAAUUUGCGGGAAGGCUCUUUGCUCAGAACCCUGUCUGGCCAGUCAUUGAUGUGACUGCAAAAGCGGUAGAAGAAACAGCAGCAGUUGUAUUGAGGCUGUACCAUGACCGGAAGCAUAAGUGCAUGAUGCCAGGGAUCUCAAAACGCUAUUAGGGAUGACAACUUUUUCUCUUGUUGAACUACAGAUUGUAAAGCAUCAAAAUUUUAUACUAAUACGAUGCAGAGUUCGCGGACUACUCAUAAAUUAUAAUCAUGAGCAGACGGCUUACUUUCUUAUACCACUACUUGUUGAGGUAUAUUUUAGUAAACAGGUAUGCCUUUUUUUUAUGUCAUAUAUCAUUAACGCUAUGUAACAUGGUGAAAUGGUACUAUCAAUUCCAAAACUUGUAUUAUAAGUAAUUCGAUUCUAAGAAAGAAUAAUGCUUGUUAAUCUACCACAACAAAAGUUGAACAGUAUCUUACUAGGCCCGGCUGCGGAAAAGGUGUUUUGCUCUGGUGAACCUACUUAUCUACUGGAAAACUGUUAUCAAUAGAUUUGGUGGGUGCUGGUGACUUCUCUUUUGUGAAAAUUCUCAUGGAGUACAAUGAAUAAGUAGAAAAGUUUUUUUCUUUCCUUCAAGGGAAAGGAAGCUCUGUUUCCGCCAAACUAGUGAAGUAUUCCUCCGUGGUUUGGUAUUCAAAGUGAUACAACACAUCAUAACUUUCAAGGUAUAGAAAAUGUGUCCUAGGAAACCUUUUUUUAUUGCUCUCCUAUUUGACUCUAGUAAUCUUUUCGGAUCCCAGUAAUUCUUACUGUUAUGGCGUCAUUGUUUAUUGGUAUGUACAUCGUCUAUUUUCUUACCAAAUAUCUGAUGGGAUUGAAUAUUGAUGCUGUGUUGGUUGCAAACACUUGUUGGAAAAAUACGUGACAUGCUAA